GUAAUUUUCGCAUUAUUCUGUGGCGGUAUCUCGUUCAUAUAAGUGCCUACUAUUUUCUAUUUUUAUUGCAAUUUGUGAAUUUAAGUUAAUUUUCUCAAAAUUGUUUGUAUCAGCGGUUUCUCAAAAUUAAAAAUAAAAUUUAUGAACAGUUUAUAUUGUACAAUUAGAUGUACUUGCUUUUGAUUGUCAUUUUAUAGCCAUGUAUUUUGAAAAUGACUUCGAGAUUGAGGUUUUCAACCAUUCUCAUCUCUUUCAAGUUUUAAGCGGAGGAGUUUGUGACAUUGCAUCAAGAUACGAUAAUGUUAGGAGUGUACCUACACACACAGAAGAUGGAAUACCCAUCAGAAAACUAUAUGUAUCAAAUCUUCCUGCAAAGACUACCCGCUCAGAACUAUUUGGCAUCUUCGCUCCAUAUGGUUUUAUCAAAAGCUGUUGGUUGAGGAUGGGAGAUAGAGGCCCAAAUAGAUCACCAACUCCAACAUAUGCAUUUGUUACAUUCAGCAAUCCUGCAGAUGCCCACAAGGCACUUUUAGCUCCAUUUCAUGAAAAACAGCUUCGUGGUUACAAUCUACGAAUAUCGCCAGCUGACAGUUGGCAUCAACCAGUAGAAGAUAGUGAGGGAAGAGUUCACUGGAAGCCCCUAGGUGAACGAUCUGAUGCUAGAUUGUGCCCUAAUGAUCUUGAACAGCAUCUUGGAUCUGAUGUUUCAAUUGUUGGUAGUUCAGCAAAUCCUGAUGGUGAAACAAAUUCUCAGAAAUCGGAAGAGGAUGAUGACAGUGAUUUAUAUAAUAUACUAAACAUUCUCAAUCAAGAUUGCAUGUCACAUAUACUUAGCUUUGUACCUGUUUUGGAUUUAAUUAGAUCAGAAAGAGUUAGCAAGAGAUGGCGCAACAUGAUUAAUGAACAUUUACAAGGUAUACGGACAUUUAAAACUUCCUGGUGGCGUUCUACCAGUAUUCGGUUUACCACAGCAGUUUUGCGUAGAUUACUGCAGCGGCUAGGGGGCUCCCUUCAUCAUUUGCAUAUAGAUCAUAGCUGGUCUGCGCUCAAUGACCGCACAGCUCACACAGUGGGCAAGUACUGUCCGAACCUUGAAAGUUUAAAGGUUGUUAGUAUGAACACAAAAAAUUGGAAUCCUCUUAUAUAUGGUUGCAAAGAACUUACAGAGUUAACAUUUGUUUCCUGCCAUAAGCUUACUGACUCUAGUUUAGUGCAUGCCGUUAAACCGGAAUCAAAAGUGGAAAAAAUAAGUGUCGCAAAUAAUUCUCAUGUAACAGGCCUAUUUCUUAACAUAACCCAACCGUCUAAACUCACAUCUCUAUCGUUUUAUAACUGUUAUAGUCUUCAAGGGCCGGUGCUCUGCGUUGCUUUAAAUAUCCUACCAAAUCUGACCACCCUUAAGCUCGACUUGUGCCCGAUAUAUGUUUGGAAAGUGAUACCGUUGAUACUAAAUAAAUUGCCGCAGUUAGAAGAACUAUCGCUCAGUGAAUAUAUGACGGUGGGUGAAUGUGUUAUGCAAGUCAGUAUCGAUGAAUUUUGCAAUUCCUUUGCAACAUUGAAGAAUUUGAAGCGACUCCAUUUGAGUAACAACAUAUAUGUGUCUAAUAGUGUGUUGAAGCAAGUGGGACAGACGUGUCAUGAAUUGGAAUACCUCAAUAUAUCUAAUUGUAAUUCCAAAUUGAAUUGUGUGCAACCAGGAGCUGGCGAUGAUGGUGUAAUUGCGAUUUGUUCUUCAUGUCCGAGUUUAACCUACUUGGAUGUUUCAUAUCUGGCAGGGUUAAGUCACACAGGCCUCGGUGCAAUUGUCAAACUAAAGUCCCUACAAACAUUAAUAUGCCGAGGAAACCCAGUGGUCGCAACUACACCGUUCAUUGAUAUUGUGGAAAGCUGUCAUUACCUCGAAGAGAUUGAUUUAUGUGGAUGCAACAAUGUGACUGAAGAAAUUAUACCUCCGUUAAUAAAGUCAGUUGAUGCUCAUCCCAGAAAGAUAGUCAUGAGAUUAUCUGGCACUGCAGCUUAUUUGGAAAACGAGGUCUAUUUAGAAGACAGUGAAAACCAGAUUUUACCAUCGUGGCACAGCCGCCGUGAUUUACUAUAUAUCGAUUUUAAAGACGACCGUUGCGAUCCAAGAUUACGUCCUGACUUCACUGAUGUAUACGAUAAUGGAUCUGAUGGAUCCUUUGAAUAUGGGUUUGAGCAAGACGUCUAUGAACAUAUUAUGGCCGAGAUUUUUUCAUCAGACGAUGAAAUGUUCUUGGACGAUGAUCUGGAUUACGAGGGAAUUGAUGAUGACCUGUUUUGAAAAUGGAUAUUUUGUUUCCUAAUUUUCACAAAAACAAUAUAUAGCUUCUUCAUACUUUGAAGACACAAUAAAUUUUUGUUACAAUUGCUUCCUAUCAAAGUGAAGAUUUUUUAGCAUUUGCUUUUAAGUUUGUUUUUUAGGAAUAGAUAGUACCAUGUUAUACUGUCUUAUAGCUUGCUUAUAAUGAACACACAUAAUGAUAACCUUAUGAAUAUAAGACAUUUGUUAAUAGUAAUACUGGGUAUGUUAAAUUGUCAAGUUCAGAUUCAAGCGUUGUAAGAAUUACUUUGUCACUAUUAAGACAUAAUUUUGGUAACAUGUUUAAAUGAAUUUUAGUUCUCAUUUCAAAUGCUUUAUUUAAAAAGUAUUUUUUUUAAAGAACUAGAAAAAUAUUUUACUAGUGAAUAAACUAUUUUCUUCAAUGAAUACUGAGUCUGACGUGUAACUGUGAUUAAAUUAUGCCCUUUCAUGCAGAUUGAAUAAUUGGCUUCCAUUACCCAUAACUUGUAAUAAAUAUUUUUUUAAUAAAGUAAUACCAUGUCUAUAUACCUAGUAAUAAUAAUAUGCAAAGUCUGAAACAUUGUGAUAGAUAAAAUUGUUCAUGUAACUUCAUAAUUUUUCUCAAUGCUGGUAUUAUUUUAAUUGUGUAUAGUGUAAAUUUAAUGUUAUAGUUAAUACAUCAGCUUCAUUGUAAGCUUGUUAAGUUAAAUCCAAUCAAAUAGUUUACACAGUUAAAAAUGUAUUACAAUUUUAUCACACAUUUGCUAAACUAAUUAAUAAUAGCUUACAGAUCAACUGUUCCUGUUACUUUACAAAGCAACAGUAAAACUCCAACAAUUGAAUAGUGAGAUAGAUUAAUGGUGUUUUUGUGUAUCAUACUAAUUGGUAUUUUGAAUAGGAUUCUUAAAAUUUAACUGUGAUGGUUUAAAAAAUAAUUGUAUCUUACUAAUACCAGGUGAUCACAGUCUAUACUCCAUAUAUUGUGAUUUUUGUUAGGUGUAUGAAGUUCCUUUAGUUGCAUUGUAUUUAUGAAUUUUUGAGCUUUUACUAUGUUGUGAUCAAUAAUUGUUUACUUUUGUAUGGAGAAUACUUUUUGUUUGACAUUGCCAAAAAUCAUUUAGAAUUU